AUGGAGACUUGCGACAGAACUGGCCAAAUCUUUCGCAAUCGAAAGCUGCUCCUCCACCGUCUUCCCUCGUUUCGGCUCCACGACGUGCCCAACAUCAGCAAAACCAGCCUCGAGUGCAAAACUGACACGACCGCGAGCAAUAUCAGCUAUUGCGAUGCGUGUGCAUCCUUCCAUGCGCGCAGCAACGGCGCACAGAAGUCCAACCGCGCCUGCGCCCAAGAUCAGGCAUCUCGAACCCGGCUUGAUAUUGGCGCGACGGCAGGCAUGUACGGCAACGGCGAGUGGUUCAAGCAGCGCACCUUCAUCCUUCGGGCAGAGAUUGUAUCGCCCUUCUUUGCACAAGUCGCAAGCAUCGCAGGGCACGCCGCAUUCCAAGGCUACUCUGUCCCCCACUUUGAAGUCUGCAUCGCUGCCGAGAGCAACUAUUUCCCCAGCCGCCUCAUGGCCCAGGCAGAGCGGUUCCCGAAUGGUAAUGGCUCCAUUGCGACCCUGGGCAUAAUAGUGAAGAUCUGA